AUGGCAGGUGCAUGGCACAACAACGUCGAGGGCUUCCCUCACCGCCGCCUCACGGGCAUGCUGGGUCGCUCAGGGCUCAGUGAUCCUCUGCAAAGGAACUCAGCGGACCAUGGCGGAAAUCAGCGCAACCCGAGAGAUGUUCAGCCGGCCAGAUCGACCACGCUCAACAAUAGACUGCGCAAGAUGCUCGUACAGCUGGAAGAGGAACAUCUUCGUCCUCUGCGCGAGUCCACCCGGGUCGUCGUGGUUCGGGGUCACAAGGCGGCCAUCAGCCGGGAUCUGCCGCUCAUCAGCUCCGUGCUGGCCGAACACGGGUGGCAGCUCAGGGCGCCGCCGUGGUUCCGCCGCCCUCCGGCGUCUCCGUUGGGGCCAAGCACUGGCGGCGGCGGGGCUGCGGUGAAUUCCGUCUCCGGACUUGCAUCCGCAGCCGCUGCUGCUUCGUCACUGGCUAGGCUUAACAACACUACGGUCGGCGGCGACGGAGGAAACACGCUGCAGCAGUCAUCCGAGUGGGUGUUGCUUUUGUGCCUGAGCUUCAGCGAUGGAGACAACGGAGCCUGCGUGGAGACUGCCGAGCUGUCGCAAUACCAAGCGGUGAACAAGAUACCCGGCCUAAAGAACGUGCUCCUCAAGAAAGAUGCGUUCUGCAACACCAUGAAUGACGCCAGAAAGAUCCCAGGCGUGAUGAAGGCUUCGCUCGUUCCCCUGUGCUUCGUACUGCCGAGCCAGUACCAGCAGUUCGUCAACGUGGCCGAUGCCCUGGGUUACUCGGCGCACUGGCUGCUCACCCCGCUCGCCCCUGGGGCCAAGGAGAGCACGCCCGAGGCGCUGGACAUCUUUACUCCACUGGGAAGAGCUCGCAUCCAGCAAGCUUCGACGCGGCGUGCCGUGGUCCAGCAAGCCCUCUCAGCUCCCUUGCUGGUGCACGGGCAGCCGGUGAGCCUGCGCGUGUUCGUGCUCAUCACGUCGCUCUCUCCACUGCGGGCCUACGUGCACACCGAGGGAAUGGUGCGCCUGAGGAGCUACCGCACGGGUCCCACCUCUGCGAAGCCUGGCAUGCGGGUGCAGCCUUUGUCUCGCUUCUGGCGAUUCGUGGAACGCAAUUACGGCCGCCAGUCCCUGCAGACAGCGCUGGAGAGCCUCUCCGACGUGCUGGUGCGGACGCUGCUCGUCGCUGAGGCCGUGCUCCAGUCAUCACCGGCUGCGCAGGGAAUGCGCAGGUCCAGGCUUCCCAAGUGCUUCCAGCUGCUUGGCGUGGACCUGACCCUGAACACAUCCUUCCAACCGGUGGUGACCGAAAUGAACGGGCAGCCCAGCUUCUACCGCAGCCCCAGGGCCGAGGACGAGCCAACCAACGGGCUUAAGCAGCGAGUGCUGGCCGACGCCCUGAAUCUCUUGUUCGGCGCCCGGCCCGUGGCCGACCAACUGGCCGAAGCUGUCGACGAGGUCUUCGAGAACCUCGGAAUCAUGGGUCUCAGCUGCCAGAUCUCCCACGACCUGUGCCUUAGCCGCGAAGACCUGGUCUUUCUCAUGGAUACGCGGCGGGAGUCUAUGCAGACGGGAGGAUUUCAGCAGCUGUACCCAACGUACAAGAGCGGACAGUACAAAACCUUCAUCGACGAGCUAGAACAGCUGCACAUGGGAACUCUUGAAGGAGGGGGAGCAACCGAAGACAUACAAAGGAGUGGUAGCCAGCACGGUACUGCCGAUGUGCACCCAAUUGUGGUGGCGCUGCAGAGGCACUUCAACCGACACGUGGCCGACGACAACUACUCCGACCUGGAGCCGGAGCCUAGCGACGUUUGGAAAGGGACCAACAGUUCUUCGGUGCAGCUCAAUGAGAAACAGGAGGACGACUUCCUCAGCGGAAAUCAGGAUUUCUACGCCUCGAGUCAACCAACCUCGGCGAACGUCACUUGCAGCAAAGACCCUUCGACGAUGCCGUACCUGGCGCAAAUCGUGACAGAACCGUUGGUGCGCCUGCAGCCGGCUUUCAAGCCGCAGCGGACCGAGUACUUUGCCAACGUCUCGUACGACCUGGUGUUGGUCAAGGUGUGGGGGCUGGCCCAGCACUGCGGCAGCCAAGUGCGAGUCGACGACAAGUACGGCCCAGCCAGGCCGGCGAACUAUACUCUGGGCGUGGGUGAGAACAAGGUCGUGCUGUACGUGAUGGAUGGCGGCCAGCCGGACCCCUGGGUGGUCAACGCCUACACGCUGCUCAUCCGGCGCAUGCCCCUUGCCGACGAUGCCGUGGUAUUCAGCCCUGCAGCUCAGCACCAAGUGUGCAGCCUGAAACAGGAGUGUGAAAUGCAAGUCGCACCCGGGGAGCCGUGUGGUCUGUACAGCGAGACCUCUGUAGACUGGCCGAGUUACCUUGAAAAGACGGCCAGAUUACCUGUCUGCAAGGACGGCAGCUCCCAAGGACGAUGGAUGGUGCCCUGCGAGAAGUGCGCCGCCAAGGAGUCCUGCUUCUGGAAGGAGGCCCGCUGGCAGCCCUAUCAGUGCCGAUACGUGAACCUACCGCAGCGGACACUUGCGCGGUGCAUGGCGGGAAAAAAGUUGCUGUUCAUCGGGGACUCGACGAACCGGGGCAUGAUGCACUACGUGAUGGAGCGCCUCAACGGCUCCCUGCAGCACUGGGACAAGACGCACGACCUGCGCGUCUACGCCAACCUGAACCGCGGUGAGACUGCGGUGGCGUUCGCCUACUACCCGCAGUUCUGGCUGCCCACGAGUCAGAGGCCCGUCUUCGACAAGGCGCUCUACCAGCUUAUCGAGAGGUCGAAGCCACUCCAGAACAAUUCGAACACUGUCCUCAUCGUGGGCGGCGUCCACUGGCUCGCGACUCAGCACCUUUACAUGCUGGUCAAGGCACUACGUGGGGACCACCUUCAAGGAAUCAAGCUUAUUAUCAAGACUCUUGGAGCCGGAUUUCACCAGCCGGUUGAAGGGAUACACUGCCUGAGCAUGAAGGAACAAAAGAAGCUGAUGAUGCAGAACCUGUGGUUAGCUGAGUUUGCGCGCCACUACAACAUUGACGUCAUCGACACCUUCAACAUUACGGUGGCACGCUACAAAGACUUCCUGCAAGGAAAAUGCGCUUGCCAUUUCCACAAGGUAUGA